UCUCAAAAUGAUAUCAUAUUGCAAAAUAAAUAUUACAUUUGCAGAGGCUAUAGCUACUUUGCGAGAACCUGCGUCUUAGAUCCUAAUAAAGCUUCUGACCAACAACAAUACCAACGUUAUGG